AUGGAUGAAAAAGGAAAACGAUUGGUGCCUGAUUUGGAUUUGUCCCUUAAAAGUCCAGCAGAUCAAGAGGAACCAAGCAAUAAGGUUCUAACCCUUGAUGAAGCAGUUGAUUUUGAAUUGAAGCAUGGAAAUGUUGACCCCAACGUGGAUUUGAAGAAGCUCAGAAGGACUAUAUCGAAUCGAUUAUCUGCGCAAAGAGCCCGUAUUAAGAGGAAUGAAUGCAUUGUUGAAUUGGAAAAGAAGGUGAAAUAUCUCGAGGAUAAGUUAGCUAUCAUGACACCAGAAAUAGAAAAUGUGAAUGGCAGAAAUGAGAUGUUGAGGCUGGAGAUAAAAAUGUUGCAAGAACAGAUGGAUAGUGUCACUAACAAAUCCAAACUACGCACUGCGCAAAUGGAAGAGAUGAAACCUGAGUUGAGGAGGCUUAAGGAACUUGAAAAGGCUUUGAAGAAAAAAGCAUAG